GCCGUCGCCGGGGAGGACGGCGGUGGCGGCGCGGGGUACGCGAUCGCCGUCGAAGUCCCGGCCCGCGGGCGAGAGGGCGGACUGGAGAUCCGCGCAGAGGGCUCCGGCGAGGGCAUCCCGCUGGCGCCGUUGCACAUGCCGGGGAGAGGCGCGCUAGCGGCCGAGCUGUCCUACGGCGGGGCGCGCGCGCCGUUCCACGUCUCGUUCCUGCUGGCCGACGCGGCGGGGGCGGAGAAACGGACGCACCGCGGGACGAGCUUCCGCGUGCCCGUCGGCGUCGGGCGGGGACGCCCCGCGCCGCUCGGCCUGUCCCUGUCCGGGGACGGGGCCGCCAACUUCGCCGUGUACAGCAAGAGCGCCAAGGGCGUGGUGCUCUGCCUCUUCGACGGCCGGGGUGCCGGUGGCGGCGACGAGCCCGCGCUGGAGAUAGAGCUCGACCCGUACGUCCUCCGAACGGGCGACGUCUGGCACGUCUUGCUGGAGAGCGUGGAGGGAUACGCCAGUUAUGGCUUCCGCACCGGGCUGUUCGCAUUGUUCGGCAUCGACCGCCCGCUGCUCGCUAUCAGGUCUAUGAAGGAUAUGGUCAAGACAAUGCACAGACAUGGAAUAGAGGUUCUCUUGGAGGUUGUUUUCACGCAUACUGCUGAAGGAGGAGCAGAGUGUCAGAUGAUAUCGAUCCAUGGCAUCGAUGGUUCAUCAUACUACAUUGCUGAUGGGAUUGUUGGAUGCAAGGCAAGCGUAUUGAAUUGCAAUCAUCCAGUGACUCAGAGGCUGAUUUUGGACAGCCUCCGCCAUUGGGUGCUUGAUUUCCAUGUUGAUGGGUUUUGCUUCAUCAAUGCCCCUUUCCUUGUCAGAGGUCCAGGUGGUGAGGGCCUGUCACGGCCUCCCCUUCUUGAAGCCAUAGCAUUUGACCCUGUUCUUUCAAAGACUAAGAUCAUUGCAGAUCCUUGGUCUCCACUUGACAUAUCUAAUGUGCAAUUUCCAUUCCCUCAUUGGAAAAGAUGGGCUGAGAUGAACACAAGAUUCUCUAUGGACGUGCGCAAGUUUCUCAAGGGAGAAGCACUUAUUAGUGAUCUUGCUACACGCUUGUGUGGCAGCGGGGACCUAUUUUCCUCAAGGGGCCCAGCAUUUUCGUUUAACUAUGUGUCCAGGAAUUCUGGACUUACUCUUGUUGAUCUUGUGAGCUUCAGCAGUGAUGAGCUUGGUUCUGAGUUCAGCUGGAAUUGUGGUGAAGAAGGACCAUCAGAGAGCAAUGCAGUCCUCCAAACGAGGCUAAGGCAGAUACGCAAUUUCUUGUUCAUUCUAUUUGUUUCCCUUGGUAUUCCUGUUCUGAACAUGGGUGACGAAUGCGGACACUCUACUGCUGGUUCAACAUCAUACGAGGAUAGAGGGCCUCUGAACUGGAAAGCCUUGAAGACCAUUUUUGUUAAGGAAGUUACUGGGUUUAUUUCAUUUCUAUCUGCACUAAGGAGUCGACGAGCAGACAUUUUUCAGAGAAGAGAAUUUCUAAAACUUGAAAAUAUACAUUGGUAUGGGAGCAACCUAUCUGAGCCCCAGUGGGAGGAUCCGACUAGCAACUUUCUUUGCAUGCACAUAAAUCCAGAGCUGGGCGAAAAUACGCCAGAUUCAGUCAGAGGUGAUUUGUAUAUCUGUUUCAAUGCAAACGAGGAAUCAGUGAGUGCUACUUUACCAGCUCUUGCAGAAGGAUCCAUGUGGCUGCGCUUGGUUGAUACAUCACUUGCAUUCCCAGGUUUCUUUUCAAGCGAGUCUAACCCUAAAGUACACCAAGUGCCAGGAUUUUCCUCUUAUCAAGUAAAAGCACAUAGUUGUGUUUUGUUUGAAUUGAAGAGGGUUCUUUCCUAGUUUCUUAUGUCAAGCAUGAAGCCCGAGUGGUUUCAGUAAUAAAUAGAAACUUUGUGGAUACAACUUUGAGAGGCCCUCGGUUCCAAUAAGUUGCAAUUUGCAACCUUCUUGUACAUGAGAACGUUUUCAAUAAAAAUCCCUCAUUUUCUCAA